AUGGAACAAUCAGCAACUGGAGAAAUUCAAGCAGCAGCAAAUGAUUUAUUAAACUUGAUAAAUCCUAGAAGUCAAGACAAAUGGUUGGCAAAUGACAUCACAAAAAUGAUAGAAAGCUCGGAGCCUUCCUUAUCACCUAAAUGUUGUAUUUACAAGGUUCCAACUGAUCUUCGCAAAGUGAACGAAAAGGCCUACACUCCUCAGCAUAUAUCAAUAGGGCCUUUUCAUCAUGGCGAUAAAAGAUUGGAAACCAUGGAAAAGCUUAAAGUGACAUAUUUCAAGAGAUUUGUGCAAAAGAUUGCGCCGCUAAACAUGGAAAAUUUAGUAAGCAUUAUAAGGCGUAGGGAAGUAGAUGUUCGCCAUUCUUAUUCACAUACUAGCGAACUUAGCAGUGGUGAUUAUGUGAAAAUGAUCAUACUGGAUGCGAGCUUCAUUAUUAUGUUUUUUUUAACAAUCAAGCAUAAAGAAUGGACGGGCCCGGGUGAGGACAACCUAACACCGCGGUUGAUUGCUACAGUAAGAAAGGACAUCCGGUUGCUUGAAAAUCAACUUCCUUUCUUUAUUAUUGAUGAAUUAUACAACUUUGCAUUUGCAUCUCGCUCAAACUUACUUUCCUUCACUGAACUUGCCAUCAUUUUUUUUCAACGAUCCAACACUAGAGAUAUAUCUCUCGAUCCCAAUUUGAAAAUAAGGCACUUCAUUGAUUUGGUAAGAACCUCUUUUUUGCCUCAAUCAAUAUCACAAAGUCUAUCGAAAAGAAACGAUCGCAAGAAAGUCAAACAUUUGUACAAUGCGAACCAGUUGGAAGAGGCAGGAGUGAAGUUGAAGGUGGGCUCAAGCAAAUUUAUAUUUGACUUAAAAUUCAAAAACGGAGUGCUAGAAAUACCAAGCUUAAAAUUCGAUGACAAAACAGAGUCUCUUUUUCGAAACCUCAUGGCUUUUGAGCAAUGCCACUAUCCCUUUGAUGGUUAUUUUACCGAUUAUAUUCGCGUAUUGGAUUUCCUUAUUGACACUCCCAAAGAUGUGGAUUUACUAGUGCGAGAAAGGAUCCUGGUUAACUUUUUAGGCGACGGCAAUGCUGUGAAAACUUUGGUCAACAAUAUUUGCAGACAAAUUUUUAUUUCAGAAACAAACUCUGAUUAUGUUGAUCUUUGUGAAGAUUUGAAUAAAUUCUAUGAGAAACGUCGGCAUAGGUGGAAGGCUAUCUUGAGACGUGAUUAUUUCAGUAGUCCAUGGAGAACUGCUUCUACUAUAGCUGCUAUUAUUUUGCUGGUGCUCACUUUCACACAAACUGAGCUCGAGUGCAGAAGACUAAGCAUUGUUGAGAUUGAUAGGUUGAAGACUCAGUUGAAAAACAAAUUUGAAAUGAAAGAUCUUGGAGAAUCCAAGAAGAUUCUUGGUGUGAAAAUUACUCGAGAAAGGGCGAAGAAUAUUGGUUUCUUAACUCAGAAACAAUACUUGAAGAAGGUAUUGAAGCGCCCAAACAAACAAUUACCCCGUUGGCGCCACACUUCAAGCUUAGUGUCGUUAUGUCUCCAAUUACAGAUGAGGAACGUGACUAGUGACUACAUGGCUCAUGUUCCAUAUGCUAAUUUAGUGGGUAGCUUGACGUAUGCUAUGGUGUAUAUGAGACCAGAUAUUUUGCAAGCAGUUAGCAUGGUAACUACUGAAGCUGAAUAUAUGGCAGUUGCUGAUGCUAUAAAGGAGGAAAUUUGGUUACAUGGUUUGAUUGGGGACUUGGGUAUUCUUCAUAAACAUAUGAAAGUUUUGUGUGAUAGUCAGAGUACUAUUCAUUUUACGAAAAAUCAAGUUCAUCAUUCUUGA